UGAGAGUAAGUAGAGAGGUCUUGGUUGUUGAUUAGACAAGUCAUACAAUUUUCAUAAUUUGAUGACUAGGAACGGACUUGUAUAGUUUGAGACAGUGAGUCUAAUAGUUUGUUUGUUUGAAUUUAUGCACAAAGCUACACAAUGGGCUAUCUGUGCUCUGCCCACCACGGGUAUCGAAACCCGGUUUCUAGCGUUGUAAGUCCGCAGACAUACCGCUGUGCUACUGGGGGGCGAGUCUAAUAGUAAUAAAUUUUGGAGACGGCCCGAAUGGGAUAACAAAGAAGACAAGUUUAACAUAGUAACAAAUGUACAACGUCUCAACCAAAUUGAUCAUGACAGUUGUAUAAUAUUACUACUAGUACAUUAAUAUUACUGUACUGAAUUUGCUGAAACCUGUGGAGUAUAAAAUAUUAAAUGUGAAAUCUCGAUCAAUUUUUACAAAUUAGACUGAAAUUUUAGUGGCAUUGUAACGAGUAUUAGUAAUCUUUUUAAAAAGUUACCCAAUGAAUUUGGAUUUAGAGAGUUAAUUCCGUUUUCAUUUAAAUUUAUUUCCGUAGUUGACAAUGAUGUGAACUCGCUAAAGCUGUAUUAUAUUUAUAAUAUACGAUAAAACAGGUAUACCAUAUUUACAACUUUAUUACAAGAACUGAAACUUUGAAAGUGAAACUGAAUCAUAAUGAUCAGCAAUCAAGAUCGUUCAAAAUAUCGUGCGUAAGCCUUAAAAAGCUAAAUGAUGUCAAGCGUUUUUGAUAUUUGAGUUUGACUAGAACAGUACUGAAUCAUUGAAUGCCUAAUUGAGCAAUUCAAUCUUCAAAAGUAGUUCAGGUAGCGAAAUACAGUAUAAAGACAGCAGAUGUAUUCUCUUAUUCAACUGUUUCGAGGUCCGGAAAGGACUGAACAAGAUCAACCAACUACAGAGAACCAAGCGAUUCUUAAAAUUAUUGAACAACCAACAAACAGUAUAAGAUAUCGGUAUAAAAGUGAAAAAGGAUCACAUGGUGGUUUAACAGGGAAGAGUAGCACCACUUCAAACAAAACAUAUCCUACAGUAAAGAUUGAAAACUUUCAGCCUCAACAUAAUCAACAAGUGUAUGUUAAGGCCACUUUGUACUCAGUUGGUGAUGAACAAAAACCUCAUGUUCACAAGUUGAUGGGGAAGGACUGUGAUUCUGAAGGAACCUGCAAUAUGAAGCUGAAUAGUAAUGGAACUGCUAGACUAGAAAAGACCUUCAUACAACAUGUAGGAAAGGAAGGAGCCAUUCAGGCCUUAGGAGCAAGGAAAACAAAAGAAAACUGCUGGCACCAUGAUACUCAGAAAUGUAAGUUACGGGAAGAUGUUGAACAGGAGGCCAAGGAUAUGGACUUAAACAGAGUCAGAAUCUGUUUCAUGGCAUUUGUCAGGAACCCUGCUUGUCCUGGUUAUUGCCAGCCUCUCUGCCAACCUGUUUUUUCAGAUAUCAUUGCAAAUCAAAAAUGCCCUGAUGUUGGUGAACUAAAGAUUACUCGAAUUAGCAAAUACACUGGGUUUUGUACUGGGAAUGAAGAAGUGUUUCUUCUCUGUGAAAAAGUCAAUAAAAAGGACAUCAAGAUUAGGUUUUUUGAAGAAGACAGAGAGGGAAAUAUUUUGUGGGAAGGUUGUGGAGAUUUUUCAGAAAAUGAUGUUCAUCACCAGGUUGCAAUUGUGUUUCGAACACCAGCCUAUAAGGACCGCAAUAUCAAGGAAGAUGUGAAUGUCAAAAUUCAACUUUACAGGCAAAAAGACAAUCAUUGUAGUGGAAACAUAGAUUUUCUCUAUACUCCUGCUGAAUAUGAUAGAGAAGAAGUAAAACGAAAGAGACAAAAGAUAAGUGGCUUCCAAGAACUUCACGAGCCCCAUGAUUUAGGUUUGUUGUUACAGACAGGUGCUAGUAGCAGUGGAUCUAGUUGGUCUGAUACAAGUACAUUGGGAAGUUUUGUUGGUCACAGUCAGUGUUCAGGCAGUAAUCGUGAAGAGCAGGUUACCAGCAUGUAUACUAUGGACAUACUAAACAAAGCUUGCAUGGAAAUUGGUCUAGUGAAAAAUCCUAUUACUAAGAUUUCUUCGAAUCCAGUGUUCAGUGAAAUACAAGGCCAGAGCAAGAGUUUUGACAGUAAUCUAGAAGUACAGUCUACCAGUUUCAACAUUCCAAACAAUGAUUGGUUGAAAAAUGGUUUAGGGGAAGGUUCUAUCCUAGAUUAUCCUUUCAGUCCAGUGUCCUUUGAAGUACAAUUUGAUCCAGAUUCUCUUCUGAAUCAAGUUGAAAGUGACUCUGUAACUACGUCUGGAGUUGAUAGUGAUAUUCAAAGAUAUCUUGAAUGUAAGGUUCAGGAUCUUACUCUUAAUGAAAAGAUUUCUGAAGAAGUGAAGGAUGAACAAAGACAAAAUUAUGUUCCUAGUCAUCUUCAAAAAAAUGUACCACAAGAUGUCAACCAUUUUUAUACUCAAUCCAAAGAAUGCAUAAAGGGCAGUGUAGAAAUUGGUUUGGUACCUGUAGAAAACAAAGUAAAGCUUAUACCUGAACACAUCAUGAAGCAAAAACCCAAACUUGAUCCAGUACCACUCAUGACUAUAGAUAAUAGCAAUUCAUAUAACUCUAAACAGGCAAUUCAUAUUACGAAGCAGGAGUCUAGUUCUGAAACUAGACGUGCAGAAACAGAGGGGCCAGAGGAAGGAACAGACAUGAGUAACUUAGCUGAAAACAUUAUCAAACAACAGCAAUAUGCUGAAGAUGAAAAACAAGAAAAAAAUGUAAAUAUAAGUUUGGAGAAGUUCAUCACACAAUCAGUAGAACCAACUGGUGAAGAUGUAGAAGCCAGUGAGAAAAGACAACAUAGACACUCAAUAAAAAUUGAGGACAAAAAUUCUGAAAAAAUUCCCCUACCUUCUGGGUUACCUGCUGUGAAACAACUAGCUCUCAGGAUGAGUUUAGCAUUAAGAGCAUUUGUUGUUACUGGAGAUCUAAGAAUAUUAUUAAUAACUCUUCGUCAUCUUGUAGCUGUACAGGAUGAAGAAGGAGAUAAUGCUCUCCACCUAACAAUUAUUCAUCAAGCUAAGCAACAUGUUCAGCAACUAGCUCUGAUUCAUUGUCUCCUGCAUGUUCUCGAAGGACUUCCAGGACAAGUCAUCAAUCAGUGUAACAACUUACAUCAAACACCACUGUUCUUAGCUGUGGUAACAGGAAGCUACAAAGCUAUCCCCCCCUUGCUGUUGAAUGGUGCUGACCUUAAUGUUGCUGAUAAUGAAGGAAAUACACCAGUACAUGUAGCUGUCAAGAAAGGGGAUGACACUGCCCUUACCCUGCUUCUUGAAAGAAAUAACUGUUCUCAGCAUAUUUCUCCAGUUGUUAAUCUAAAUAAAUUGAAUUAUGAAGGGUUUGCUCCUCUUCACCUAGCAGUACUGUAUAAUAGAGAAAGAUGUAUUGACAGACUGUGUGAAAGUGGUGCUAAUGUUAACAUAGCAGAUGGUACAAGUGGGAAUACAGCACUACAUCUUGCUGUAGAACAUCAACCUCAUCUUGUUAGGGGAUUAUUGAAAAAGAAUGAUGUGGACAUAGAUGCCCAAAACUUUUCAGGAAAUACUGCCCUUCAUCUUGCCUGCACUCGAGGCCUCAGAAACAUUGUUAUAGCAUUAAUGGAAGCAGAUGCUAAUCCUCUGAUUCAAAAUUUUGACAUGACUUCCUGUUCUAGCCAGUGUGGCUGUGAAUCUUUAGAAGGAGACAUUACAUGUAAUAACCAUGAAGGGAAAACAGCAGUUGACUUGGUAGAAGAUAACUUUGAAUUCAAACAGAUUUUAGCUGGGGAAAUAAAAUAUCCACCACAAAGAUCUCCUCAGCAGAUGUCAUCAUCAUUAACUGAAUUGAGGAACGAUGGUUCUUUUCCAACAGUCAACCCAGAAGUAACAAAAUUUGAUUAUAUGAGAAAACAACAAGUCUUCUUUGACAGUGCUAAAGUGGACUGUGCUCAGCAACUUAAGAUGUUUGACUCAGGAUAUGCUAGUGGAGAAAUCCAUGAGAUGAAAGAUAAAAAACUGGAAGUUCUCUGUGCUGAGCUAGAUAAAGAUAAUCAGUGGAAGAGUCUUGGACCCUUCCUUGGUUUUGACGAGCAUAUGUUAACCUCUAUUGAGAAAUUUUGUCACAAGAACAGAAGCCCAUCAAAAGAUAUUAUAGAAAAAUUUCAAAAAAACAUAAAGGCACAAGAGGAGAAAAGCUCUCCAGGUAUAGCAGAUGAUGAAGCUUUAAAAAAUGCACUCAAGCUUGCUGGCUUGGAAAAAAUAUUGGAAAAAUAUGAAAGAGCAGAGACUGAAAGUGCAGUUUUCUAAAAAAAGGAAAGACAUUUUGAAGCUUGCUGCAUAAUUUUAUCAUUUGAUCUAAAUAGAGUUUGAUGAAUAUAUAGUUGUGAAAUGAUAAUGAUGUAAAAUUCUUGAAGAGAUUUGAGGAGCUUAAGAUUAAUGAAUAGGAAUUUUAGUAAUAUAACAACCAAUAAAUACAAACUUGAUGAUGAUAUGAUUACCAUAAAAUAUAUUUUAAUGUUUAAAGUAUCCUUAAUUGAUAAUUUCUAGUAGUGUAUGUGGUUAUGGAUUUCAUAGUUAAUGUUUUGGCUUAUUUUUUGUAUUUAAUAUGUGGAGAAGAAAUAGUGCUUGGUUACCAUUUGUCUUUUUUUUAUGCAUUAAGCCUUUCAACAUUAGAUAAAUUAAUAUUACUUAACCCAGUUACUAGUUGUUAUCAUGGUGGCAACAGUGCCGUGCUGCUAAAUUUAUUUAAAUAAACUAUUCCAUGUUUUUUAGUAUAUUUUGUUAUCAACCAGUUUGUUGCCAAUUAUGCAAACAGACUUAUCAAAGAAAUUUUGCAAAAAAAUAAGACUUGUUUAGGUGAAGGCUACAAAACAUAAAUAAGUCAACUCAUAUUAGGCCCAACACAUGGCAAGAAGCCUCCAGUAGUGAGAAGAUUACAAACUAGGUUAAUUAAAAUAGUGAGAAGCUGGAAUCAAGCACUGUGGAGUUAACAAAGCAAUGGUAAACUUGAAGUUUUGGAUUUAAUGUUUAGGAGUUGUUAAUAGGGACAGUAUCAGUAUCAUUAGAAAUACUGUAAUUCUUUUAAAAUCAUCAAACACUGAAGAGUUCACUUGCUUGAUAGCCCCAGCAAUACUAAUAACACAACAUAUGAUGGUGUAGCAGUUUGCUAGGUUUUGUUUUGAACAUGAUAUUUAUAUCUUUAAAGGAGAUUUUUGGAGGUAUUUUAUGUAUUGUAUGUGUAAUUUAUUUUUCUGUGAUUCACGAGUUAAAAAUUAAGAAAAUAGUGAACAUUUUUUGGUGGCAAUGAGAUAAAUGUAUGAUCUUAGGUAGAGCCGGCCUGAUUAGUGGAAUUGGGUAUUCCAUUAAUCCUCAAGCUCAUUAAGUGAUUACACUCAACCAAUUGAUUAUUAUCACAUGAGACUUGGAUUGUUGGAAACACUAAUUUUAAUUAGAUGAUUAUUUUCAUGAGUUGUGAAACUAAUUGAUUAAGCUGAACUACCUUAAAAUGGGUUUAAUUAAAUUGAAAAUAAUAAUUAUAAAUUAUAAUGAAAAUAUUUUGAUUACUUAAAUAGAUAAAUAAUUGAAAACAGUAAUAAUUAAAAACAGUAAUAAUUAAAAACACUAAUUUUAAUUAGUUGAAUAUGUUCUUGGCAUUAAUCAAUGCUCAUUAUAUUGAGUUAAUCUCCCAGCUGUAAUCAUAGAUUAUUUCUCUUUUCUGAAGUUGGACUAAACCCACCAAUAGAAGGGAACCAAUUUUAUGUAGUGAAGGGGUUUGGGUUAUAAAACAUUAGUGUAAUACAGUUACAACACAUUUAAAGAUAGUAUUUCAGAUGUUUUGUCUGCAACAAGUCAAGUUACAGGUUUUAUUCAAUACCAGAACUUAUUGGAAGGGACUUGUUGCAGCUAAAGGUCUUUCAGAAAUGUUACUUUUUAGAAGUAUGAUUUGGCAGCUUAGGUAUUCUUAAACCACAAAAAUUCUAAUUUUAUUUAUUUUAAUCUGUAUCAGGUUUUAGGUGAAGAAAACAAAAAGGAUAACUAGCAUAAUUCAGAUAUAAAAGUAGUUACACUUUGGGAAUUUUUUCCUCUAAGCCUUAUAAAGUAUCAAAACAAUAUAAAUACCCUUAGAACUAUGGUAUAUCAUUAAUAUGUUAAAUAAUUGAUUCAUGAAAUAAAUUAAAUCAGGAAGAACAUAUUUUAUUUCAAUAAAAUGUGUCUUAAAGCCUAAACCUGGCUUCUGGGAUUAGUAACAGAACUUCCUAGAAUAAGGAUUAAUGCAUAAAAAUUGAGUAGUGGUUAUCUGUGACUUGACAUUUUUUUUAAGCAUAUAAAAUUAAAAAUUUGCAAAAAUUGAUAUUAGAAAUCACAGGAAGCUAUAUGAUGAUAAUUUAAGAAUUAAUUAUGAACAAAAGAAUGUUUGAAAACCUGUCACUACUAGUGUGCAAUGAUUAUCUGUGAUAUAAAAAAAACUAUUCACUUACUUUGUUGGUAUUCAUAAUUUAAUGAUACCAAUUUUUCAUGCUUGCAUGUUUUCAUGUGAUAAAUAUGUUUUGGUUUGUAGUUUAAGAAUUUGCCAGCAUCAUAUAAAGGGGAAAAAAAAACAUAGAGUGUAAUUCACUCCAUACUCCAGGGAAUAUUUGUUGAUCAAAUUAUCUUUAUCAAUCUCUAAAACCAAUAAUUGCAGAGAAAGGAAAACUGAUACUAAAUUACUGAAAAUGUAAAAGAUGUAGAAUUUAAAAAUUCUUUGAUCUGGUUAACUAGUAUAUGAUUAUACAUCAAGUUUCUAAAAUCUUACCCUUAUUGUAAGGAAAUUGUUUAGCUUUAAUGGGCUUAAUAUAACAAGAUAAUUAACAGCCAGUUGUGUUUAUGAACUUUUAUAUCACAAGUUGCAGUUUUUAAAAUGCACAAAAAAGAAGAAAGAAAUGCAUCAUCUCAAUUACUGAGGCUCUAGAAGUGGGUGGAUUGCAACAUGAGAUGUGUUUCUUAAAGUUUUGUAAAGUAGCAGUGAUUACUGUAAGUAAAAAUUUAAAAUUGAACAGGUCUUUUGCACACUAUAGCAAAAUCACUCUAGAAAUGAAAAAGAAAAUUAAAAAUCAUAGGCCAGAAAUUUUAAAUUGACCGAUAAUAGUCUACUUCAAAUGUGUUAUUGGCUUUUUUUUUCAUAUAUAGUUUAAAUAGUUUUUAGAUAGAGAUAAUGGUGUGAAAAGAUACAUUUAGUCAGAAUUUUAUUUGGUUCAUGGUAGUUAAAUGUUUAUAUAUAUAUAUAUUCCACUCUUUUAACCUAUCAUGUAUGUUUACUUAAAGUUGUGAUGAUGUUAAAAAGAAUUGUGUGAGAUAUUACUGAAUAUCUUGAGCUUUUAAUAGUUUUAUUUUUAUAAUUAUGUGAAAUAACACUGUAUAAAUAAGGUGGUGUAUUUUUAUAUCAUGGUAUGAGCUCUUAAAAUGGGUAUGGAAAAGUCAUUUAACUUGUAUUAAUUAUAUUUUUUCUAAUGGCAUAAAAAAAAUUUAAUGUUUUCUUUUGAACUUGAAAAGGGCCAUCUGUCUCAUAGUGGUUUGUUUGUUAUUGUUAAGCAUGAAGCUACACAAUUGGCUAUCUGUACUGUUGUGCCCACCACAAGUACAGGAACCUGGUUUUUAGCAUUAUAAGCCUUCAGUCUUAUAAGCCUUAGUCCCACUUAAAUAACCUUUGCUUCCAGAUUCUCAAGAGGAAAGAAAACUGAUUUUUAAAACGUGUAUUGAAGUUUUAGAUUUGUUUUUAAUGGUGAAUGACUUGCCAGUCCCAUACAAAUUUUAUUUUUAUUAACACAAAAUUUAUGAUUCAAGUGAGAUUUGUUUUACGAAAUCAUCUUGUAAGUUAUAUAACAUUAACAAAUAUAAACUUUAAAUACUAUAACAUAAAAUUCAAUGUGAAAUGCAAAGAUUUAAAUUUCUCACAGAAGACUUUCACCCAGUUUGUUGCUUUAUGUGUUCUUUCUGCAACACAUUUGCAAUCAUUGUCAAAAAGUCUCAUCAAGUUUUUGGAAGUAAGUUAGAGAGAAAGCAUUGACUUUUGAAAUGAUUAAGGUGAUAUAAAAAAAUUGUGCUUUCAAAACAGGUUUUAGUUUUUAUUUUCGUUUUGUCUAUAAUCUAUCAAAUGAAAUAUUCAAAAUUAAUUUAUGUAUAUUUGUCUUAGUUGUGUUUUUUUUUACAAACCUGUUAUGUUUUGUUCCACCUUUUUUCAUAUUACUGAGUAAAACCACUCAUCUUACCAACAAGUAUCAAAUGUCACUAAAAAAAAAAAAAGAAAUUGAAUACUGAAAAUCUUGAUAAGAGAGCCAGGUAAGAUUCUCUAAUUGUCCAGCAAAACAGAUACUUUUCAUAAUUAAAACUUAUUUUGAAAGGUUUAAUACUGAACAGACAGUCAUUACUAAUAAAACAUGCAGAGGAAGGGAUUUUAAGCUUCUGAAUGUACUGUAUUGUAAUUUUUAGUAAUUAGACUAUGCCUUUUAGAUUACAUAAAUUUGUAUAAAUUUAUUAUAGAGACAACCUAAAUCAGUAUUUCUAAUUGUGUAGUAAAUUAGUAACACAGUAUUUUCUAUGUAUAUGGUUUACUUAGAUACAAUUAUUAUAUAACUGUUCAUAUGUAUGUUUGUUGAAAAUCAGUGAUGUUAUUUUGUGACUUACAGAGGUUGACUAUGUUAUAAUAAUGAUUUUAGAGCCUCACCAUAUUGUUGCAGUUCAUGUUGGCUUUCUUUUUGGCAGUUAUUUUGACAAAAAGUAAUAAUUUUUAGAGAAAUAAUUAAUCAUCAGGGUGCUUGAACAUUAAGCUGUCUUCCUUCGCCUCAUUCGAGGCUGAUGAAUUUUAAAAUUAGCAUGAGAAUUAGACUUUUAUAGACUGAUUGAGAAUAUAGGACUUUUAGAGAAUUUAUAUUUAAUUAAUUAAAAAAAGAAAAAACAGCUAAACAAGGUGUGAGGAUGUCAGAAGUAACAUCUAGUCUUGGCUUAUAUGAUGACCAUGCAUCUUAACUAUAGCCCUAUAGUAUAGUUUCCAUUGCAGAAAACUAUGUCAUAAAGCUGUUAUACUCAAACCACACACUCUUCCUUGCAUGUUUUCCAUAGUCCCUAUAGUGUGUAGGGUUAAAGGUUUCCCAGUACCCAUUUCGUCAUUCCAAUCACACACAAGUCCAUAGGUGUUGCAUAUGGUAACAUAACUGGUAUGUCUUCAUAUGGAUUAGUAUGAAUACUUGUUUCAUUUUCCAUUUGCUUAAGAUAUACAAAGUUGAAUGGGUGGUAUGAUUGGAAACCUAAUAUUGGGAACCAAUACCCAUUUGCCCUUGUUUCCAGAGAGAGAGAGGGAGCCUUCUUGAUUAUGUUGCUUACUGUUGCCUGGGGCAUGUAACCAGCUUUUGCCACUGACCUUUGUGUUUGUGGAUUCUAACUUGUUACAAGGUGUCACACUUUGCUUACCAUAGCUGAGUAUGGCUUGUUGUAUGUCUCUUUCUAGAUAGUCCUGGUGCCUAAAGCUGAUCGGUGCUCUUUUUUUCUCAAUGCCAUUGAAUACAAGGGAAAUUAUGAAUUUAAGCUGAAUAUGUCUUUAUGAUCCAAGAUUUUGAAUAGUUUGUGUCACAAGGGACUGUUACAUACAGAAAUUAUCCAUUUUAGGUGGCAUCACACUACCUACAAAAUGUUAAACAAUAUCAAAGUGUAGUUCUGAUACAUGCUGUUUCACUGCAACUUUAUAUCAGCUGUGGUUGUUAUGUGUCUUAUUAAUUUGCAUACUCAAACUUGCUUUGUGUAUAAUGCAUCAAGUAACAUAUUCAACAUUAACUUAUAAAAUAAUUUGGCUAUCAAGGAAAGAUAUUCACAGAUCUAAAAAAUUAUGUUUUAAUAUAACAUAAUCAACCUUUUGUUCUGUACAUGAAUAAAAAUGUUUUUGCAAUCAAUCCAACAUUGUAAGAGUUACAAAUGUUUACUAGUUUCUAUAUAGAAGGUAUUAUGUAGGAAAUUCGUAGUUUGUUAUACUCUGUUAAAGUGUUAUUAUUAAUUUUUUAUGCUUAAAAUGUGAAGUAAGAUAACCAGAAAGAGAAUGUACAGUUUAAAGCUGGUGUAACUUGGGUAAUAAAAACCUGUCAAUAAUAA